AUAGUUCCGCCAAGUUUUAGACAGACCCACCAAGCUGCGGGUUAAAAUUUGCCGAACAAAUAUGUCUAUUUGUGUUGAUAUCUUGGAAGGAUGUAAAGUGCCCGUGCGCUUAAAAAAUUCAGAAGUUUAUCAUCGCGCCGAAAUUUUGAGUAAAAGAGAAGUUGAAGGCGGAUAUAGUUACUAUGUACAUUUUGAAGAAUACAAUAAAAGAUUGGAUGAGUGGGUUAGAGAAGAUAGGAUGGACUUAUCCAAAUUGGAAAUGCCAAAAAAAGAAACUAAAGCCCAACUUAAAGAUGUUAAAUCUCAAAGUGGAUCAAGGGCGUCAUCACCUGUAGUUGAAGAAAAGUCUAUGGGAUGUAUAAAGAAGCGAGAUACUGCCAGAAAGCGUUUAAGACCGGAUGGACAGGCAAAUUCUUCAAUUCAGGUUGACGUUUCGGAUAUGAAUAAUGCUAUUACAACCACUACCACCGCCACUACUAUCACAACUACUACAACCAUAGCUACUCCAACUACUACCACUGUAACAUCAGUGAUUUCGGCUAAUUCUGAAAAUUUGCCGAGGCAAACUGGAAGUAUGGUUUCUCAUCAUGAUGAUGUUGUUACAAGAAUGAAAAAUAUCGAAAAAAUUGAGUUAGGUCGUUAUAGAAUCUCACCAUGGUAUUUUUCACCUUAUCCUAUUGAGCUAACCAAAUUGUCAGUGAUAUAUAUCUGCGAAUUCUGUUUAAAAUAUGUUAAAAGUGAAGUAUGUCUAUUGAAUCACUUGAGGAAAUGCCAUUACCGACAUCCACCAGGAAACGAAAUUUAUAGAAAAGAUAAUAUGUCAUUUUUUGAAAUUGACGGCCGUAAAAAUAAGACCUAUGCCCAAAAUUUAUGUUUAUUGGCCAAGUUAUUUUUGGAUCACAAGACGCUGUAUUAUGAUACUGAUCCAUUUUUAUUUUAUAUUUUGUGCGAAAUUGACGAAUAUGGUUUUCACAUUGUCGGAUAUUUUUCUAAAGAAAAAGAAUCGGCUGAAGAUUAUAACGUAGCAUGUAUCCUUGUAUUGCCACCUUACCAAAGGAAGGGAUACGGAAAACUUCUUAUAGAAUUUAGCUAUGCGUUAUCAAAAAUUGAAGGGAAAACUGGUUCACCUGAAAAACCAUUGUCGGAUCUUGGACUUUUGUCAUAUCGUAGUUAUUGGUCUCAAACUUUAAUAGAUAUACUUAUUAGAUUAAAACCUGGAGAAAAUGGCGAUCGUCCAACCAUGUCUAUUAUAGAUUUAGUAGAAAUGACAAGUAUUAAAAAAGAAGAUGUUAUUUCAACGUUGCAACAUCUUAAUCUAAUCAAUUAUUACAAAGGACAAUAUAUUUUCACAUUAUCAGACGAAACGAUGAGUGCUCAUGAAUCGGCAUUGAAGAAGAGAAUCAUUUCAGUCGAUCAAAAAGCCCUCCACUGGCAACCUAAAGAUUGGUCAAAAAGAAAAUGGUAGAUCUGUCUAACGAUGCCAACAGAUUAUAUUUUAUAGCGCAGACAAAACUCUUUAUAUUCUCAAGAAAUUUUUAUACGACUUUUCGGAUUCUAUUCAUUUGAAGAAAAUAUCUAUAGAUUAUUUUUUAUCUAAAAAGAAAUAUACCCUAAACUUUUUAUUUAAAACUUUCUGCUUGUAUGUUAGCCUCACAGUUAAAUAAAACAUCUUUGGAUAGUGAAAGAUGACUUUACAAGAUACGACUUUUUAAAUUUUACCUGGAAUCUACUCAAAGUAAUCAUUUUUCUCUCACUGGUUGGUACUAUUGAUUUAGAUGGUUUACGAAUUCAAGUUACUUAUUCCACACCGAGGCUAUAAAAAUCAUACAUUUUCAUGCGAUCAAUAUACAAGAAAGAAAUUUUUUUUUUUAAAAUAUAAAAUCUUUGUUUGUUUUUUCUUUAAGAUUUUAUUGCAAUAAAUUAGUUAAUUUUUUAACUGAAAACUUCAUGAUUAUAUUGGAAAAAUAUUACAAAAUGUAACAUGGAA